GCGCUAGCCUGCAGACUCAUUCUGCGCGUCUGCCAUUAGUGGAUCAGCUGCCGAAUAUAAGCUCGGGUGUUUUUGGCAGCUGAUUUGUGUAUUCGUAGAGCCGUUGCACGUGUGAUAUUGAUUCGAUUAAUUCUCCAGCCCUUUGUCCUGGAAAUCGGAGCCCCCGUCGGAUCACCCAAGAGGUUAAAAUAACCCCGCGACAAGGCCUCCGUGUCUCGAUUAUCUGUCACUAGAACCCAGCAUUUGCUCGCUACGGUGACGUCAUGUGCUGAGAGAUCGUCGCUCGCCCGCUCGCUGGUUCUCCGAACAACGAAUAACACAGGUGCACGGCACCAGUUUCGCCUAGCUAACCCGUUGCUGCAGUUGACGAAUCGCGUUACUCGCCUUUGUGUCGUUUUCACAACUAUUCCCACCGUUCUCUGGGCUCGCAAUACACCGAAAUCUAAAUUCGUCGGGGGUCAUCCCGCGGUAAAGUGCGGGUCACAGAGAAUCCGUUUGUUCGUACAUAUUCACUGGGUAGUUCACUUCAGUGUCCCGUCUAAUCUAGAGUCGCGAAAAUAAUCGCGGCGUUGUUUCACCCUUUGAUUUAAUUUCGUUUCGUUCCUUCCUUUGUUUCUUGUUUAUUUAUUUAUUUUUUUCAUUCGUUCAGUCGUACUACCUGUUUCGCUGUUAUCCUACACCCUCAUUUUCAAUUCAUAUAAAUUAUACUUAUCGAACUAUUUUACAAACAGUUUCGUGCUGGCGUUGAUAAACGGAUAAAUACCUCAAAUCGAAAAGAGACACAGACACACUCGCAUCUUACCAUAAAAUAAGAACAGUUGGUCUACGCGCGUGAUUCUGAAAAUUUAUACCAAGAAAAUCUAUUCGAUCGUAUCUCUGUUCGUUACUCAUCAACGACGACGGCCACGACGGGGAGAAACGAGAAGAACGUGCAAACGGUCUUCUGAGGAGACAACCACGCUACGAACAAAGUAGCCCAGCAAAAUACACCCCGAUAAUAAUGGAUUCUGAGGAAGAGACACCCUACGACGACGUUGAUUCGGGCAACGAGUCCAGCGGCGAUGACGUCGACUUCGCUAUGGACGUUGAGCCCGGGAAUCCCCGUGAACGAGCCACAGAUAUUGACGAUUAUCCUUUCGAGGUUUUAUCCACAGAAGAGAUCGUUCAGCAUAUGGUGGACUCUAUUAAAGACGUAAACACCGUCGUCGAGAUACCUGCAACAACGACAAGGAUUUUACUUAAUCACUUUAAAUGGGACAAAGAGAAAUUAAUGGAACGUUUUUAUGACGGCGAUCAGGAAAAAUUGUUUGCAGAAGCGCGAGUUAUAAAUCCCUUUAGAAAAGGACCCGUCAUUAACAGGACUAGAUCUUCACAAAUAUCUCUGUCACGACGAACUUCUACAAAUGGAACUGAAGAGUGCGGCAUAUGCUUUAUGACAUUACCAUCGUCGAUGAUGACUGGCUUGGAAUGUGGACAUAGAUUCUGCACAGGGUGCUGGGGAGAAUAUUUAACUACAAAAAUUAUGGAGGAAGGUGUUGGCCAGACAAUAGCCUGCGCCGCUCACGCCUGUGACAUAUUAGUCGACGACGCGAGUGUCAUGAGACUUGUCAAAGACUCGAAAGUAAAAUUGAAGUAUCAGCAUCUCAUUACGAACAGUUUCGUCGAAUGUAACAGACUGCUGAGGUGGUGUCCGUCGCCAGACUGCAAUAAUGCGAUAAAAGUGCAAUAUGUAGAGCCAAGACCAGUGACGUGUAAGUGUGGUCACACCUUUUGUUUCCAUUGCGGAGAGAACUGGCACGACCCUGUUAAAUGUCACUUGUUAAGAAAAUGGAUUAAAAAGUGCGAUGACGAUUCUGAGACCUCCAACUGGAUUGCGGCGAACACAAAAGAGUGUCCAAAGUGCAACGUCACCAUUGAAAAGGAUGGAGGCUGUAACCACAUGGUGUGCAAAAACCAAAACUGCAAAGCUGACUUUUGCUGGGUCUGUCUUGGUCCGUGGGAACCGCACGGUUCCAGCUGGUACAACUGUAACAGAUAUGACGAGGAGGAAGCCAAAGCAGCGAGAGAUGCUCAAGAGAAAUCUAGGUCGGCACUACAAAGAUAUUUAUUCUAUUGUAAUAGAUACAUGAAUCACAUGCAGUCGCUCAAAUUCGAGAGCAAAUUGUAUGCUAGUGUCAAAGAGAAGAUGGAGGAGAUGCAGCAGCAUAACAUGUCUUGGAUAGAGGUACAAUUUUUGAAGAAAGCAGUAGAUAUAUUGUGUUCCUGUCGGCAAACCCUCAUGUAUACAUACGUGUUUGCCUAUUACUUGAGAAAAAAUAAUCAGUCUGUGAUCUUCGAAGAUAACCAGAAAGACUUGGAAAGUGCGACCGAGUGUUUGUCUGAGUACCUAGAGCGGGAUAUAACGAGUGAGAAUCUGGCCGACAUAAAGCAGAAAGUGCAAGAUAAAUACAGAUAUUGCGACAGUCGGAGAAAGGUGCUUCUGGAACACGUCCAUGAAGGGUAUGAGAAGGAAUGGUGGGACUACACGGAAUAAAUUGUAGGGGAGGGGGGUUUUGUCAAGUUUUACCCAAUGGGGAUGAGAUCGUGAAUCCCCAUAUAUCUCGACGUAGCCCGCCACCUAUUAUUCCCCCAUCUCCCCCAUUGCCCUCAUCCUGCCCCAGCUGUGAUAUGACAAGAAGCUGAUAAGAGACAGAAAAUGAAAGAACAGGUCCUCGAGUGAUAAAGAAAAAUCAUAUACAUAUAUAUUGAUAUAUAUUUGAAAAUGAUACGGUCCGCGUUAAUGCAUCUCCAUUCACAUAAUGAUGCUAUGAUUCGAUUUUAUGAUCUUGUUAAUUAAAAUUCAACACUACCAAGAAACUAAAUACAAAGUAAUUUGAUCCAUACUUUUAUCUUGUUAGAUGGAGUAGAUGUACACACACACACACACACACACACCCUAUGUAUGUAUGUAUGUAUAGACGUGUGUAAUGCGUUUCCCUCUCCCCUCCGCCCCUGCCACACGAAAAAUAUGAGCUGACGCCGUAACAAUGCUUUAUGGAAUUCCUAAGAUUGAUCGAAUGACCGUAUGUACUGAUCUGAAAAUAGUAGUUUCAAAACUUCGAGUUACAAGUUUCCCAGUUUCAAGUCUGUGAGAGCUUCUUACGAUUAAAUGAUCAAAUAAUGUGAACGUGUAGAAGCAUACGUAGCGUGCGUUCUGUAUGCAAUCUACAAUUGAACACAACGGACUGCGCGUAAUUGCUACGAGAUGCAAUUACCUCACAAUAUAUAAAUCAUUUUGAAAUCAUCAUAAUAAUAUGAAUUAUAAUUUACACCAAAUAUACAGCACGCACAAUUAUCAUCAUCAUUAUUAUUAUUUUUCUCUUGUGAUUUGCGUUUUUCAUCCUUUCUGCAGUUUGAGUUCGUUUUCGUUUUGAUCAAUAGACUAGGUAUACAAGACUUUUCGCUAACUUAGUACAGAAGUGUGGAUACCAACGUAUGGACUUUUGACAGAGUUCUCAUUUUGACAAAGUAAUUGAAACUUCAAAAUAUUACCACGUGCAUCACGUGCGGAAAGUGAAAGAAAGCAAAGAAGAAGUAGUCUUCUAUGCUUGUGUCUAGAAUUUGUGAAAUGUUCACUUCGCUAAACUUGUACAGUUGGCUGAUCGGUUCGAGUGAUACAAUGAACAAUGUACAUUCCACCGUAAGUUUUCUGUAUUGAACUCGGUUGUUAUUAUUUGUCAAGCUGAUCAUUGUUCAGAAGUGUUUAUGUUUAAUUUCAGUUUCACACAGAUGUCCAACCAUCGUUAGAUGAAAAUUUGUAACGCAUGUGUAGAAAUCUUAUACAUUAUUUAUUGGUGUUUAUUUUUUUGAUUUUCGAUCCCUUUUGUUUCUUCUCAAUCUCAUUAUCUGGUCUGCGAAACAGUCGUUAAACAUGGGCUUUCACUGCCAAGUUAUAUGGAACGAUUUAAUUUAUGUAAUUAGCUAUUUAACAUCACGUAUUAGGGUAACAUAGAGUACUGCAAGUGAAAAGGGCAGAAAACAAAAAGAAGAUUCAAGCUCAGACACUUUAACCAUUGCUAUUAUUAUUCUGAUUAGUUAUUAUCGUUAAUCACUUGAUCAUAACAAUAUUUCAGGAACAAUAACGUAAAAUUGUUCCACUUGUACAGAUAUAUAGUGAUAUAUACGUACUAUAUUAUAUAAUAUAACGGCAAAUAAGUAAUAAUGGAAAUGAAAUGAGUUUAGAAUGUUUUGAAGAUUUAAUUAUUGAUUCUUAUGAUUAGAAAAAAUUUUGUGAAAAAAUAGUGGUUAAAAACGGAGAAGAGAGAAAAAAAAUUACUAAUUCAGUCGUUUUCUGUACAGUUUCCAAAUUUGAUUAGGAAUAAGUAAAUUGUUAUAUAUCUAUAUAUAUAUAUAUAUAAAUAUAUUUCUUCUUUCUUUUUU